AUGUUGGCCUCACUGAUCAUCUUCUUUGCUCUUCUCUGCAACUAUGCGACUGUCACUGCCUUAAACGACGAGGGCUUCGCGCUCUUGACCUUUAAGCAAAGCGUUCACGAUGACCCUACAGGUUCCCUGAGCAAUUGGAACUCAUCGGACCUAGACGCCUGUUCGUGGAACGGUGUUACUUGCAAAGAAUUCAGGGUGGUCUCUCUAAGCAUCCCAAGGAAAAGUCUUUACGGUUCUCUCCCUUCUUCUCUAGGGUUUCUCUCCAGUCUCCGUCACUUGAAUCUCCGUAGCAAUAGGUUUUAUGGGUCGUUGCCUAUUCAGCUUUUCAACCUUCAGGGACUUCAAAGUUUAGUACUUUACGGUAAUUCCUUUGAUGGGUCCGUUUCUGACGAGAUUGGUAGGCUUAAGCUUCUUCAGACCUUAGAUUUGUCGCAGAAUCUCUUCAAUGGUUCGUUACCUCCUUCGAUUCUACAAUGCAACAGAUUGAGAACGCUCGAUGUAAGCCGGAACAACUUCUCUGGUCCUUUGCCUAAUGGUUUUGGCUCAGCUUUUGCAUCUCUGGAGAGACUCGACCUCGCAUUCAACCAAUUCAACGGUUCGAUCCCUAGUGACAUCGGAAACCUCUCUAAUCUGCAAGGAACUGCUGAUUUCUCUCAUAAUCACUUCACCGACUCUAUCCCACCUGCUUUAGGAGAUCUCCCUGAGAAGGUUUACAUUGACCUCACUUUCAAUAAUCUCUCCGGUCCGAUUCCUCAAACCGGUGCUCUGAUGAACAGAGGACCAACGGCGUUUAUAGGCAACACAGGGCUAUGCGGACCGCCAUUGAAGGACCUUUGUCCAGGAAAUGAACUCGGUCGUAAUGCUUCUUACCCUUUCAUCCCAAGCAACAAUCCGCCUGAUGAUUCCGAUGGUAACUCUGAAACCAAACAGAAAUCAAGUGGUUUGAGCAAAAGUGCCGUCAUUGCCAUUGUUCUCUGCGAUGUUUUCGGUAUCUGCCUUGUGGGUUUGCUUUUCACUUACUGCUACUCAAAGUUCUGCGCUUGUAGCAGCGAAAACCGGUUCGGGUUUGAGAAAGAUUCCAAGAAAAGAGCUGCAGAGUGUCUGUGUUUCCGGAAAGACGAGUCGGAAACUCAAUCUGAGAAUGUGGAGCAUUGCGAUAUUGUUGCCCUUGACUCUCAGGUGGCGUUUAACCUUGAGGAGCUGCUAAAGGCGUCGGCUUUCGUUCUCGGGAAGAGCGGAAUCGGCAUUGUGUACAAAGUGGUUCUUGAGAAUGGACUCACACUAGCCGUCCGGAGAUUAGGGGAAGGAGGGUCUCAGAGAUUCAAGGAGUUUCAGACUGAAGUUGAAGCCAUAGGGAAACUUAGACAUCCUAACAUUGCUAAUCUUCGAGCUUAUUAUUGGUCUGUUGAUGAGAAGCUUCUCAUCUAUGACUACGUUCUCAAUGGUAACCUUGCAACCGCACUCCACGGGAAGCCGGGGAUGGUGACUGUCGCUCCUUUGUCAUGGUCUGAACGGCUGAGGAUAGCGAAAGGGAUUGCUACAGGGCUUGUCUAUCUGCACGAGUUUAGUCCCAAGAAAUACGUCCAUGGAGAUCUUAAGCCUAGCAACAUUCUCAUAGGGCAGGACAUGGAACCUAAGAUCGCUGAUUUUGGACUAGCACGGUUGGCUAACAUUGCUGGAGGAUCUUCCCCAACAAUACAGUCUAACAGAAUCAUCCAAACGGAAGAGAAGCAGCAACACCAUCAUAAGAGCGUAUCUUCGGAGUUCACAGCUCACUCUUCGUCUGGCUCCUACUAUCAGGCACCCGAGACUCUUAAGAUGGUAAAACCGUCUCAGAAGUGGGAUGUCUACUCUUAUGGGGUCAUUUUACUGGAAUUGAUAGCGGGUAGGUCUCCGGUAUUGGAUGUGGGUACAUCGGAAAUUGAUCUAGUUCGGUGGAUACAAGUAUGCGUUGAAGAGAAAAAACCAUUGUGUGAUGUUCUUGAUCCAUGUUUGGCUCCUGAAGCAGAUAAGGAAGACGAGAUUGUGGCUGUUCUUAAGAUUGCAAUCAGUUGUGUGAAUAACAGUCCAGAGAAAAGGCCUACCAUGAGGCACGUUUCCGAUACUCUCGACAGAUUACCCGUUGCCAGCGAUUGA